CCCUUCUCUGUCCAGCCCAGUCGAGCUGCACUCCGGCACAAAUCGAUCUGAUGCAAGUGAAGAAGAGCGCAAAGAAGUCGUUGGUGAAGAUGCCCCAGUCGACGACUCUCCUGCAGCAUACCUGUGCACUGCGCGAGUGGCAAUCAUUGAAGAGCUGGCUGCAUACAAGGAUGAAGUGCAUGAUGCUAAGAUUUGGGCGAUUCGCCACUCACAAGAGAAAAUUGAGGCAAGAACGGAAGCGCCUCCUGUGCGUCGUCAACGUGUAGCCUUGCAUGGCAAGGCAUACUGGACCCAUGAUGGCAAUCCAGUUGCGUCUCCUUUCGCCACAAUUGCGCUUACAAGCAUGUUCACGGGGAAAGCACCUGUGCAGCCAGCAUGCGCGAUAGACAUUGUUGACAGCGCAGGUGCCACUGCCGCAGGAUCUCUUCCAGCUCAACAUCAAAUGCCCACUCCUUCUGUCGCAUGGGCCGAUAUGUCUGACGACGAUGAAGACUUCGAUAUGCCCAACUGGCUUAAAGACUCGCUUGAAGCGCAGGCCGCCCAGGCCCAAGCUCAAGCUAAAGAGAUUGCUGCGCUGGAGGAUCCGGCCAGUAUUGGUGUUGUGCACGUUGAUGAGCCACAAAGGCAAUGUACUGUCGGUCGCCUCCAUGGAUCGCUCUAUUGGACAGCGAUUUCGUGCGACAAUCGAGACAGUUCGCUGCAUUACGAGUCCAUGUCUGAGGUGGACGAGGCGCAGACGGAGAAUGAUGCUUGGCAUGACGAUAAGACCAUGGAGGCCAUUGACGAUGAAACUGCAAAGCUUUUUGGGCUGCCUUGCUACGAUGUCCAGCAGGGUAUUGAUGAAGAUGCUUGGCAAGACAAGAGCCGACGUCCAGUAGAUGCAGCCAGGUGCAGUCCUUUCACUACCCACGGUACGACUGCAAGCCUUUCUUAUGAUCAUACCUCCCUUUUCGGCCGCUCUCCUUCAGGCAUUCGUGCACGUUCACUUGAGAGGCCUGCUGAUUGCGUUGCAGGUUCAAUUUUGUCCUUGAUAGACAGGAGCAUUUGGCAUAGCGAGAUGUAUAGAAGCGUAGAUUAAUG